GCCGGCGCAGGAGCAGGAGGAGGGAGAGCCGCGCCGCCUGGGAGGGUAGCCGGGGUGAGCAGAGGAGGUGGCGGGAGGAGGAGACAGCGGGGAAAGGUGUCAGAUAAAGGAGGGCUCUCCUUCGGUUUGGAGGCAUCAUGGCCGCUAAGUCAGACGGGAGGCUGAAAAUGAAGAAGAGCAGCGACGUGGCAUUCACCCCGCUGCAGAACUCGGACCACUCGGGCUCGGUGCAGGCAUUGGCUCCAGGCUUGCCGUCGGGGUCCGGAGCCGAGGACGAGGAGGCAGCCGGGGGAGGCUGCUGCCCGGACGGCAGCGGCUGCUCGCGCUGCUGCUGCUGCUGCUCCGGGAGCGGUGGCUCUGGGGGCUCAGGCGGCUCGGGCGGCGGCGCUGGCGGCCCGGGUGGAGGCAGCGGGGCGGGCUCGGCGGCGCUGUGCCUGCGCCUGGGCAGGGAGCAGCGGCGCUACUCGCUGUGGGACUGCCUCUGGAUCCUGGCCGCGGUGGCCGUGUACUUCGCGGACGUGGGCACGGACAUCUGGCUCGCCGUGGACUACUACCUGCGCGGCCAGCGCUGGUGGUUCGGGCUCACGCUCUUCUUCGUGGUGCUCGGCUCUCUCUCAGUGCAAGUGUUCAGCUUCCGCUGGUUUGUACACGAUUUCAGCACCGAGGACAGCACCACGGCCGCUGCCUCCAGCUGCCCGCAGUCUGGAGCCGAUUGCAAGACGGUGGUCAGCGGUGGGUCUGCAGCUGGGGAAGGCGAGGCUCGUCCUUCCACGCCGCAAAGACAAGCAUCCAACGCCAGCAAAAGCAACAUCACCGCCACUAACAGCAACAGCAGCGGGGCCACCCGGGCCAGCGGCAAACACAGGUCUGCGUCCUGCUCCUUCUGCAUCUGGCUCCUGCAGUCACUCAUCCACAUCUUGCAGCUCGGGCAAAUCUGGAGAUAUUUCCACACAAUAUACUUAGGUAUUCGCAGCCGACAGAGUGGGGAGAAUGACAGAUGGAGGUUUUACUGGAAAAUGGUGUAUGAGUAUGCCGAUGUGAGUAUGCUGCAUCUGCUAGCCACCUUUCUGGAGAGUGCUCCACAGCUGGUCCUGCAGCUCUGCAUUAUCGUCCAGACUCACAGAUUACAGGCACUCCAAGGUUUCACAGCAGCAGCCUCCCUGGUGUCCUUGGCUUGGGCUCUAGCCUCCUACCAGAAGGCCCUGCGGGACUCUCGAGAUGACAAGAAGCCCAUCAGCUACAUGGCGGUCAUCAUCCAGUUCUGCUGGCACUUCUUCACGAUCGCGGCCAGGGUCAUCACCUUCGCGCUCUUCGCCUCGGUGUUCCAGCUGUACUUUGGGAUCUUCAUCGUCCUUCACUGGUGCAUCAUGACCUUCUGGAUCGUCCACUGUGAGACAGAAUUCUGUAUCACCAAAUGGGAGGAGAUUGUGUUUGACAUGGUGGUGGGGAUCAUCUAUAUCUUCAGCUGGUUCAACGUCAAGGAAGGCAGGACACGCUGCCGGCUGUUCAUUUACUAUUUUGUGAUCCUUUUGGAAAACACAGCCUUGAGCGCCCUCUGGUACCUGUACAAGGCUCCGCAGAUCGCAGACGCCUUCGCCAUCCCGGCGCUGUGCGUGGUGUUCAGCAGCUUCUUAACGGGCGUUGUUUUCAUGCUGAUGUACUAUGCCUUCUUUCACCCCAACGGGCCCCGGUUCGGGCAGUCACCAAGUUGUGCUUGUGAGGACCCCGUGGCCGCCUUCUCUCUGCCUCCAGAAGUGGCCACGAGCACCCUCCGGUCCAUCUCCAACAACCGCAGCGUGGCCAGUGACCGCGAUCAGAAAUUCGCAGAGCGGGAUGGCUGUGUACCUGUCUUUCAGGUGAGACCGACGGCCCCGUCCACCCCAUCGUCUCGCCCACCACGGAUUGAAGAAUCCGUCAUAAAAAUUGACCUGUUCAGAAAUAGGUACCCAGCCUGGGAGAGACACGUGUUGGACCGAAGCCUACGGAAGGCCAUUUUAGCCUUUGAAUGUUCCCCGUCUCCUCCUAGGCUGCAGUAUAAAGAUGAUGCCCUUAUUCAGGAGCGGUUGGAAUACGAGACCACUUUAUAAAACGAAAGAACUUGCAGGAGCCACAACAUCCAGAUGAAGGGGUGACAGCAGGGCUGUGGCAAUCGUGACACUUCAUCUUACAGUAGGGGCAACAAGCUGCAAUGUUCUUAGUCUGCCCCGUCCUCCUGUUAUGGUUUGAUCCUCCAUCAGCUAACUGCCUGCUGUUGGUCUUCUUUCCAACCAGCAGCACCAGAGUCUCUUAAUCCACCUGAAGGAGAGCAACACCAGCUCAGUAUGACUGUGGCUACCAAAUUCCUCCUGCACUGUCUUGGAGCACCAUCCACCAGAGGGGACUAUUAUUAUGGAAGAGUUUGCCUCCAAUCAAUAGGGUGUUUUAAUGGAGUUAACUGAUUUUUGCAUAAAAAUAUAUUCAGUCACACACACUAACACACACACACACACACACACACACACACCAGUCCUCUGUCAAAAUAGCUUAGGUGAUUUUCUCGAUGCAAAGCUCUGAUUCCUGAAGAAAUAUAAAAACAAAGAGAGAGAAUAUAUCCCUCAAGACUUCAGAAAAAAAAGUAGUACUGCUUAGAAAAGAAUUCAUAAAUCAUUUUCUCAUUUGAAAACCAAUAUCAUGUGUGGAAAAAAAAAAGCCUACUCAAUAGACAGCAAACUCAAGUGUGUUUACACAUGUAUUAGCGUUGAUGGAAUGGUUCAUUUUAUACACAUUUCAGGAUUUGUUUUUUUAAUUUUAAAUUUUCAGUUGAGAACAUCUUUAUGACAGGAAUCCUAUGCAGCACAUGUAUGGCUUUCGACAAGACCAAGGAGCUCGAUAACUUCGUGAUGUAAAUUAAAUGAUAAUCAUCUUUCAGUAUUCAAUUGCAAAAGUUUAAAACAUACACCAAUAGGAAGUGGGGGGAAAAGAGACAGAAUAAAGAGUCUGAUUCCCGGGCAUGUGCAGCUCACAUUGGAAUGUAAGCGCAGGGCCUCCAGAGAGGAGUGGGCUGCAAGUGCAUCUGUUUCCGGAUACAGAAUGAGUGGCUCGCUGUAUGCAUGUGGGCAGGUGUGAUUCCAGAAGACACUAUGCCUCAUCUUUCUAGUGCCAAACUCCAUCCAACCACAGGACUUGACACGGAAGCCCCAGUGACUGAGAAUAAGUGAUGUGAGCCCCCUGAAAGCAGACAAGAGAAUGAACAAGUUCUCCACUGUGUACAGACUUACCCACCUCCCAUCCAAGCUCAAAGUGAUAUCUCUUUUAGAGGCUUUGGGACAAUUUUAGUAAGUAUGAGCAUACCAAUGCGGUGAAUAUGCUAUAAGGAAACCCUUCUGAACUGAUUGAGGGCUUAUCACUCUAUCCAGCUAAGAUUUGUAUUUGAAUCAUCUGUAAAGUCGCACUCUUACAACAAGCUUCUGGGUUUUAAAUACCUCCGUACAGCAAGUAAACGUUCCCUGCUUUCUGUUCUCAGUGUCCUUGGUCAUGGUGCUUUUCGUUGCAUUAAAAGUGCCGGUCAAACUUUGAUAGUAUUUUUUUAUAGUUGGUGCAGAGUGGAAUAACUCAUGGAUUAUUUCAAUAUUUUUGUAAUAAAAACAUAUAGGGUAUACAUAUAGGCAUCAUCACUUUUUUUAUAGAUCUGGAAUUAUUUAAAAUACUUUAAGCAUCAUAAUCACUUGGGAUGUCAGAAACUGGUCCACAAAUUCAUCAGCCUGCCUCGGCAGAUUGAAAACACUUGUCUCUUGCAAGAUCUGCAAGUUGGUGCCCCCAGGAACCUGGCCAGGGGUGCUAUAAGAAUAUCAGGUGAAGAGAGAAACAGCCUAACUAGAAAGGGCUUGUCAAGACUGGCCAAUGUUUCCCAGGAAAUCAAAGAUGUAAAUGAUUAUUUUCAUCCAUUCAUUAGAAUAAACCUGACCACAGUGGAAGAUGUCUUAAACUUCUUUCCCUGGUUUUAUAUUAACCCAACUGAUAGAUUAAAGCUUAUUCAAGUCAUUAAAAAAGAAGGUAAAAAGUCAGAUUAAUGUAAUUAUUUACUUAUUUGGACUGUCCUAGUCUCUUAAAGUGGUCAAGUUCUAGAGCCACUGCCUGUAAUAAGUAUGUCACCCACAAACUGCUGUCCCCAUGAGGACAUCCACAGGAAGUGACAGAGGGCUCAACCUAGGACUUCUUUUGGUACAAAGCCCCAAAUCAAUUUUUUUAAAGAUAAGACAAUUUUUACCAGUAGACAUAUUUCCUAGUACUCCAUGGCUUGAUCCUCCAAGCAAGAUUUCCACUAAACACAAUCAAAGCUAAUCAUUUUUUCGGGAUGUGGAAAGAUCACCUCGUCACUGGUAAAGCUCCAGGAGGACCCUCUUCUUGUCAGCACAUGGUGAAAAUAUUCCACCCCCAUUGUAGAAGGGGGGAAAAAAGAUCAUUUUUGGCAAAUCCUUCACCUUUGUGCAGAAUCAUGAGUUAUUAGCUUCAUUAGUUCCAAGACAACUUUUAACUGAUGAUCUGUGGAAACGGAAUUCCUCAGUUGAACUAUACCUUGAUUCCACGAGUUAUAACAGAUGACAGUAUAAUAGUGUCAAGCAAACAAACACGACAGCCCCUUCACUCUUCUUAUCAUGAGAGGCAACCAAGACCCAACGAGAUCAGAAACAUCUUGGAACUUGUCAAGUUUUACUGGCGGUGAUUUGCAGUUAAUUAAUUCAACAGACACUUUAAUCUUGCAAAUUCUUGACUUGUAAUAUUGUAAUCAAGCUAUUGCAAGGGAACAGUAAUCAGUUAGUGAAAAAGGAGCCCUUGGUUCUGCGUCCCGUGCCAUGACAGUGCCCAGGCCCGAAGAGAAAGACCUCUGUGCUGCAGAGCUAUGAAAUCAUGCUACGUGGUUCCUCAACACUGAUGCUAUGAAUAUUCAGCCACCUCCUUUGUUUUUGCCAGUAAGCACUACUUUGAAAAACAAGUUCACGGAUUCCUGGGGGCUUGUGUAGCUCAGAGAAUGGGUAUGGGUCACCGAAGACUUGCUUCCAAUGGAUUCAAAUCCAUGUGUUUGGAAAUGGAAAAAAAAAAAGUCACUGUCAUCUGUUUAAUAAUUAAUCUGUCUGAGUAGAGUUGCUGCUUUUAUUUCAUUUAUUGAGACUAUCAUUGUCAGCAUUGUAAUAACUGAUUUGUAAAGCCUGAGUUUAUAAUUCAGUUUAGAGGUCAAAUCUGCAUGGUUGUAACUAUUGAAUAAUUUGAUGCUUGCCUUCCUGGGUGAUGACAUUUCCAGUUCCAAACGGAAAUCCAUUUCUAUGUGGACUUGACUGCCCGGUUGCUUCUUGGAUCCUGCAAAAGCUUGCUUAUUAGCUUAAAAAAGAUCGCCCACUGAUAUUCCCAAUGCCUACAUUUUCACUUAGAAGUAAAAAAAGGUGAUCUCAUAAUUAAAAAUCAUGGUUCUUUUCCACUUCUCUUUUCUCAAAGAAAGGUCAAAAUGAAGUUACCAGAAAUUAUCAGAUCAUACUUUCAGAGUAUGUAAGAGAGUCAGGCAUCCAUGUGUUCCUAUAGUUUUUAGUCUAAAGAAUUGGUAUCAGUUUUAGGAGUUAACUCCAGACAAAUGAACAGAAGUCAUCAGAUGCAUCCAAUAAGUAGUCUAGAAGUAAAAAUGUGAAGAGGAAGAAGCAGGGAUCAUUUUUCUUCUGUCUGAAAGAUACUGCUCUUUCCUAAGAGAGGACAUAACCAUCUUGGUGGUUAUGUCCAAGAUAUUCCCAGAGCUACUGAUUUUCCCAGUUACGGACACUAACAUCAUGGCAAGUGAAUUUUCAGAACUAAUUCUUUAUCAUAGGCAAAAAAAAAAAGGAAUGGUAGGAAAGUGGCCUAAUGUGACUGAUUUCUGAUUGCAAGGCUAUGACAACUAGCAAGUUAAAGAAAACGUUCAUCUCCUGAAUCCCACAGCCAACUUAGACACAAAAAUAUCCUUUAAUGUAUAAUAAGUUGGUGAACUGUGGUGAUCUAGGAGCAACAAACAGUUCUUUUCUGCAGGUUCAUGGGAAACAGUGACUUCAGCAGAGCUGAGUGUCAGGACAGAGCGUUUCUAUUAAUGAAGAGGCCCAAGUACAGUGAUUGAAAAGAAAACCUGUCAGUGGUCCGUCAAAAAAUACUUGCCUUUUUAGAGCAGAAAUUCAGAGUAGUUACUGCCAUUCUAUAACUAUGACAACAGACUUCUCCCCUUGGAAAAGUCAGGGUCUGAUUAAUGUGGGGAGAUGGAGGAUAUGUUGGUAGCUUCAUAUGUAAGAUUGAGUCUCCCUCAUGAUGAUUCUCCUUGAUCACUGGUUCCCAUACUGCUCUGCACACCAAGAGUGGCUGGUGGAUUAUAAGAAAAGACAUUUUAAGGUAUUGUAAUUAAUUCUUGCUUGUCCAAUGCAAACCAUAAACCUAUCCAUCCUUUUAACAGCAAUGAGAUUCAGGGUUACCAUGGCCUUAGUCAACGUCCCAUUGUAAAUAUACCAUGACAUCACAACAGCCUCCAUAUCCGAACCCACUCGACCAGGUUUACCAGUAUUAGACUCUUUUAAAUGUAGUUUGGAUCUUGAUUCUACCAAUCACCUAGUCUGUGUAUUUAUUCUCAAAUUGGAAAAAAUAAUUCUUAGGAGGAUGAUUUUCAAAAUAAUGGAAGCAAAAAUAAAUAAAUAAAUAGAUGGACAGUUAAGCAAUUUUUCAACAUAGACAAAACCACUGGGCCAUUGAUAGCCCUAAAGCUCUGAUUUUUCCUCAUGACUAACUUUCUUUUCAUUUGAGGGCUUUUGAUGUUUGAAUUUUCCAAGUGAUUGCUGAACCAUCUUUACUAAACCAAAGUAGACACUACAGAGUUAUUAAAAAAUAAAGACUGUCCACAUGAAUGCAAACAUCCCAAUGAAAAGCGGAGAAGCAGGUCACUCAAGUGGUAAAUUUGGCCUUCAUGAUAGCAAGCAUCUGGAUACUAUACAGAAGUGUCCAGAUGUUGGAAGCAUACAGUUUUCUGUCUGGUUGUCUGGUGUUGUCUAGAAAGACAGACUGCUCAGGUAUUAUAGGUACUGGACUUUCUUGUGCAGUAAUCGAUUGCUGGUGAUAUUCUGCUACUAAAAGUCUCUUUGUCGUGCAAAGAGAAAUAAAUAAAGCAGAGCCAAUCUUAUGUGAUUUUUAUUUACUUUCAGCAAGUGCAUGAAGGGAAGAGGUUUGGCAGGCUCUGUCCUGGGCACUGCACACAUGACUGUAGCACGGAGCUCCAUAGGAGCAGCAGUUCUAGAAACUCUUUCCAGGCAAGGAAAGGAACUGUUCAGCCUUUACUACCUUCUGUAAUUUUAUUAUUGCAUUUCUGCUGUUGGUAAAAUCUUCAUCAUUCACAGUCCACUUGACAGAAUGGUUCAAGGGAAAAAUAAAUCUGAUUAGUUUUUAUUCUUCAAAUAGGAGUUUUAACCUUAAGCAUUCCAUAUUAUAGCAUAAGCCCCCCAAACACUGCUUGAUGCAAUUAUUUCAUGGUGAAUUCUAUGGUGUCACCAGAUAAAAAGCUGUUUUUCCUAAAUCGAAAAAAAUACCUAACUUUUGGGGUUUGGUUUGUUGAUAUCAUUCCAAUUUCCUAAUAUUAAUUUGUUAUCAUGAAAAUCAGGAAUAUUCGUGUUUUCCUUGUGGUCAUUGUUAGGAUUCCCCAGAAAACAGAAAAUCUUGACUUUGAAAGGAAAUUUACCUUCUAGGAAAAAAAGUUUGAAAUGUUCAUACCAACUCUUGUAUUAAUGAUGUUUUCUUCAUAUUUCUUCUUUGUAAUGUUAGAAAGUUGAUUGUUUCUUCUGAUUUGGCUCUGGGUUGGUGAACAUGUCCAAUCUGAAGCUUGGCAGAAAAACAGACAAGCUAUUCAUUCCUUCUUUCAGGUCCUUGGGAUUGGACCCAGGGGUGCUCUAUCACUGAGCUAUAUCCCCAGUCCUUUUUUGGGGGGAGGGGGACAAGAUCUCAUUAAAUUGCCCAAACUGACCUUGAACUUGUGAUCUUCCGGCCUCAGUUUCCUGAGUCACUAGAAUUAUAGGUGUAUGCCAUCAUAUACCUGCCUGAGACCAGUUUCCUUUUAAGAAUGCUUAGUUGCAAAACUUGCUAGGAUGCACUGACUGUGUGCAGGCACACAGAGCCCUGAAAGGUAUAUAGAGAUCUUACAGAGAUUUUCAAUGACAAUCUAAAUGGUCUGAAGGUUCUUACAUAAUGUUUCCAUUGUGUCAAAUUCUAUAUUCAGUGUCAAUUAGGAAGAAAUGCAUGGGGUAGUUGGGCAUUUGGGCACAUACCAAUAAUCCCAGUGAAUCAGGAGACAGCGAGGCUGGAGGAUCACAAGUCUGAGGCCAGUCUGGACAACUUGGCAAGACCUUGUCUCAAAUUAAAAACUAAAAGGGCUAGGAAUGUAGCUUGGUGGUCCCCUGGGCUCAAUCCCCAGUAUCAAAAAAAAAAAAAAGAAGAAGAAGAAAAAGAAGAACGUCGUGCAGUAUUCAUUGAAGCUCCUUGCUGGUCCCUCUGUCCCUCAGAUGCAGAAGUUUCCCUGACAUCAAAUGGAUAUUCUACUGAGUAGCAAGGGCCCCCAGCUAUGUGGUGUCAUUGCCCUCUGCUAAUUGUUUUGUUCCCCCACUUUGGAGGUGAGGUCAUGGUUGUCCUUCAGAACCAGUGGACGUGUGCACCAACCCAAUCUGGUUUUCCUUUUCUUUUCUGGUAUAAUUUUUACUUCACUAUAUCCUUUCCCUAGUCUUCUCACAUUCAUGUGAUUGAUAGGAUGUUUAGCUGAUUUCACAACAAAAAGGUGACAAUUAGCAAUCACAAAAAUAAUGUUUUAGUAAGUCAUCUUUGAUUAUGUGAUAAUUGGUAUGAAAUUUAUGGUUUAGUAGAAAACCAAAACCCCUGUGUUAAAUAUAAUGACUCUUAAAAAUAUUCGAUAUAGUUCAUGAAAUAAUACCCUUUUAUGCUAUGAGAUAAGUUCCAUUCUGGACGUAGCAACCUGAGGGGUUAUGGUCCAGUGUGGGGGAAAAAAAGAAUUAGAAAUCCACUCAUGUGUGCAUCCUAGUAGCUGGUCCAUGUGUUCAGCCUCAGAAAUUAACUCAGCCUCAUUUUUCCCAUAUCUGAAAGAAAGAGAAUAUUUAUUUACCUACCUCAUAGGGGUGUUGUGAAGACUAACGAAGAGGGUUGGUGAAGCGCUUUGGGGUUAGAAAGCACUGUCUUUCUUGCUAAAGAACAGACACAUAAAGGAGAGCUGUGUGCAGCAGGAAGGCUGGGCUGAGGAGCCGGUGAUGGAGUCCUCUGAGGAUCACAGCAGCAAUAACUAACCAAGCCAAGAAUACAAUCAUUCAUCAUCACUUGAUAUAAGUAAAAGUUUCCUUUGAAGUUCCCUGUCAAAUUUUUAAACAAUUAUCAGCAUUUUAUUGUGAAAAGUAACUUCUCUCAUACAGACAUUGAGACUCUUGGUAUAUAUGGACCAUUUUCCUGUAAGCCAAACUGGAUUUUACUAAACGUUUAUUUAAUGCAUUUUGAAAAUGUGGCUCCUUUUGAUGCCUAAGGAUUGAGUGUGCAUGAUCCCAAACUGCAUUUUUCAGAACACGGGUGUGAGACCCAGUUGACUCCUAAUGAUGCUGAGUGGUCUGAAAUCCACUCCUAGGGAAGAGGAUUCUUUAAUGAUGUGCUUGAGAUUAGAUUCUGGGUCAUUAACAUUGUGUAUCUUUCUUACUUCUAAGAUGACACAUCUCUCCCUUUAUAACCCAUGGAGAAACGAAUAGCUUUGUUUUCUGUUUGGAACUUCUGAAUUGAUUCAUUUUCACAUCAAUAUACAUAUUUUAAAUAUUACAGAGAAGUGUAAUACAGGGAUUUAGCAAUACAGGAAUAUCCAUGUGCUUACUCAUGUACAGAUGUGAAUUCUUAUAAAGGACAAAGGAGAUGGUCGAAAAACAACCUCAGAGAAUAUCCUGUACAACUCCCCCAAAGAAAUGUGUUUUCUCUUAAAUGAUUAACCUGAUUAGAACUAAUGCUUAAAAAAAACAUGAUUUGGAAUUAUAAAUAUUUUCAUUUUUUGAGUUAUGGAGGCAAAAUUAUGAAGUAGGAACUCACCCAUAAAACAGUAUCUAACAAUGCAGAUAAUGUUUUCAUGAUAUCACUUCAUGAAGCAAAGUUCUGGAUAAAUAUCAACAUUGUAGCCUUUUUAAAUUAUUAGAUUCCUUUCAAAAAUGUUUGCAUGUUGUGAAAAAUAUGGAAUCAGGCUUUAGAAAGUUUACCCUGAAUAGAGAGUUUUAAAUCACGUUGUGCUUGGAGCUGAUGUAACACUCACAUUCAAUAUAAUCUUUUCUGAUUCUAAAAUAUAGCUGCCAAUGGUACAUCAAAGUCCUAAAAUUUCAAAUUGAUUAGACAUUUCUAAUGCAUGGGAUUAAGAUUUCUGAAGCAUAAAUUGAACCUAGGCAAUUUUCUAAUUCAUUUUGAAACAUUUGUACUGCCACACCAAACUUUAGAUAAGUAUUGUUUUGAAAGACCAGUAAUAUGAGUAUUGUGAUUCAAAAAUAUAAUUUGAACAUUGCUGGCUCCCCACCCCCAGUUCCUAGUGUCAAUAUUUUUCCAACUCAAAAUGCAUCAGAAUAUCCUUUUUUGAUAGAAAGGAAAUGUCUGUUUGUUUUUAUUUGGUUUUGUACAAGAAAACUAAAGUUGACUAUUUGGACUAGAUUCAGGGGGCUGGAGGAGAGAAAAGGCAAUUUUGCAGGUGGGUUAGAAGAGAGGAAGGCAGUGGGAACAAUUUGUCCCAAGUAGACUUUAUCAUAAAGGUACAAAGUAGGAUCUAAAUAUGUUUAGAGCUGGACAGGUCUUUGAAAUGAUAGAGUCUAGAUUAUUCAUCAAACAUAAAAACAAGUGCUGACAACAUAUUAUUUAGGUAUAAGUGAUACAUCUAAUUACUGAGGGAGAAAACUUGAAUCUUUUUAAGGACCACAAGGAACUUUCCAGUGCUCUCCCUGAAAAUUUGAGACUCUUAGAAAAACUAGUUUUUAGCAAAGAUUUAUGUAAUUAUACUGCUAUCGUCAACUAGCCAUUCUAUAAACAUCACACCUGUGAUGUUUUGUAAAGCUAGCUGUCAACUUUUCUGACUACUUCUGGUUAACAUUCUUUUCUAUAAACGGAUUAUUAAAAAAUAAUAAAAACACCUGCAAAUUCUCUUACACUCAAAAGAAAUGUCUCCCUUCUUAUUUAUAGCUAACCAUGUCACGGGGCCCAAUAUUAUCACAGAACUCCUUUCAUAUUUAUAUGAUCUAGGAUAAAUGGUGAAUCUUUUGGUCAAUUGUAGGUCUCACCUGAAAUCUUCAUUUGGAAAAGGGACAAAUUGAAAAGGGAUCACAGUUAUCCUGAGGUGAGAACUUGACCUCUACUAAAUAAUGUCUGCUUUUCUUCUCGGUAGCCAGACAGUUCAGUAGCGUCCAGAAUGAUAAAGGGAAGGAUAUGCAAAUAUGUUUUUCCAUUCUCAGAAGGAAGAGAGCAACCAAUGAGCCAGAAGUUUUCUCCCUCCUUCAAACCACUGAAUUUAGGGUUUAAGACAAAAAUUGCUAAAGUGAAAAUGAAAUCAUUCUUCCUAUUAAAUCUUUCCUCAGUUUUUACUAAUUUAGUUUUACAGUUAGAAAUGGAGUUUCCAGUGAUAACAAUUAACACCAUUUCAUUUGAUGGCUUGAAUGCAGAAAUGGUGAAAGUAUGAGAUGACUGUGUAUGAAAAGCUCAUCUGUACUCCAUCCAUUCUGGAUGCGGGUAUGGAAAUAAAUACUACUACUGUUCCUAUUCUGGUUUAACUACUAAUCCAAUGGAAAAACAAACAUUUUGUUCACCAUUAAACCAUUGCAUAAUAUAAAACCUGCUUCCCAAUGUCAAGGAUUUGUUUGGUAUGGACAUUUGCUCUUCAUCCUCCAGUUUCUUUUAAGUAAAAUAAGUUUCACAUCUAACUACCUCAGCUACUGUUGUUUUACUUAAAAACAUGAAAUCCUGCACUUUGUAAUUGACAAAGUCUUUUCAUUUAAAAUUUCAAAAGGAUACUCGGUGCAAAGCAAUUUUCACAAAUUUGUAUAUGACGUAAACAACCCAACCUCAGGAGGUUGUAGUUCAUUUUACUUGUUUCUAUUCAGAGUAAAAUCUUCAUUUCCACUCAACACCAAGAGAGGCUGCUCUGUAUUUGCUUAAUUUGCCUUAAACAUUUUGUGCUCCUUUCUCCGUUCAAUUUUUGGUUUUUGUCGUUGUUAUUGUUGUUGUUGUUGUUGUUGUUGUUGUCGUCGUCGUCGUCACUUUGAAUCUAUCUCUGAAAAAAAAAAUGUAACAGGUGGCAGAUGAACAGCAAGCCGAUGAGAAUGGACCACUGAUUUCUCAGUUCCCUUUUGUCCACUUGUCUGCAUGACAUUCUGAUUGUGCAAAAUUGCCAUUCCUGUGCUUCUGUCUUCAUUACAGAAAUACAGUGUGUGUGUGUGUAGGGAAUGGUGAAGAAACUUCCCCUAGAGCGAGCACAGUGCCUGGACCCAAAGGAAAACCUUGGAGGUUCCUUGUGCUUUUUACUUUGUAAACAUUGUACAAAUGUAUUUGGAAUUUUAUUUGAAAAGAUGAACUAAACAAGUUAUGAAUUUGUUUUCCUUCCUGUAAAUAUAUAUAUUCCCAAUUCCAUGUAUCUGAACAUUCCUUUAGCAUUGGGCUCAUAAGCGUGUCUUUAUCUGCUGGAGGCCGCUGUCCCCAGGCAGUGACCCCAAGUGCUCUAGUUCAAAGCACAGUGCUUGGAGUAUGUGAUGUACUACAGUACCAUAGUUAUUUUGGUCUGUUAAGUAAGUUGCAAUUUGUGAUGAAACGAAGUGGAAAGUAGUACUUCAUAAAAAAAAUAAUAAAUUUCCUUGGUUAUCUGAUUUUUCUUGUAAAACUUUAAAAAAAGAAAAAAACUUGAAAUUUUAUAUAUUUGGAUUUUGUAGAUUUUUUUUAUUUUAUUGCAACACAAGGUACCAAAAUCAUUAAAUAAAGUACACUGUGGUCAUUUUAACAGAA